UCCGCCCGCCCCUCCCUCUCCCGCUUCCUCCUCUGGAACCGCACCCUCUCCAAAUCCCAAACCCUAGCUUCCAACCUCCAGAACUUCCACCCCGAGCUGACCUUCGAGGUCGCCAGGGACCUUGAUGAAACCGUCGAGAUUGCUGAUGUCAUCACCUGCUCCACGGGCUCAGAGAGGCCGCUGGUAAGAGGGGAGUUGAUCAAGAAGGGGGUGCAUAUGAAUCUGAUAGGGUCGUAUAUGAGGGAGAUGAGGGAGUGUGAUGAGGUGGUGGUGAGACGAGGGGUGUUUGUGGACACAAAGGCUGUGAUUGAGGAGGCAAGCGGUAGUUGCUGGAUGUCGAGGAGGAGUGACUGUGGUGAGGCAGCUGGCUGCAGGAGGGAGGAGGAGGUGAUGGUGUUUAAGUCGGUGAGGGUCGGGGUUCUCGACCUGCUGGCCGCGCAGCUGGCUUAUGAGAGUUACAUGAAAGAUGGGGAGCCGGAGCCACAGCAGGCUCCGCAGUACCUAGUGGAUCUCAUAGCACCAUUGGCAGCUUGUAUGAUGGCUAUUGAAGAGCAGUUAGCAGCUCAGGCCAAGUGGCAUCUGUACAAGUAUCAGAUCGAUAAAUGGUUAGAAAAAUGCUAG